CCUGCGCUCCCGGCUCCCGCUCCCCGGCCUCUCGGCUGCGGCUGCGGCUUCUGCUCCAGGCGGCGGCGGCUGCAGAGGGAGCGGCCAUGGAAGCGGGCGCCGGGGCCGGCGCGGGAGCCGCGGGCUGGAGCUGCCCGGGCCCAGGACCAACAGUAACCACUUUAGGCUCCUAUGAGGGGUCCGAGGGUUGUGAGAGGAAGAGAGGCCAACGUUGGGGACCCCUGGAACGUCGAGGGAUGCAAGCUAUGGAGGGGGAGGUGUUACUCCCAGCUCUCUAUGAAGAGGAGGAGGAGGAAGAGGAGGAAGAAGAAGUGGAAGAAGAGGAAGAACAAGUGCAGACAGCUGGCAGUGUGGGCUCCCUGUCCGUCAGCAAGCACCGGGGCCUGAGCCUCACGGAGACGGAGCUGGAGGAGCUGAGGGCUCAGGUGCUCCAGCUGGUGGCGGAGCUGGAGGAGACCCGGGAACUGGCAGGGCAGCAUGAGGAUGACUCCUUGGAGCUGCAGGGGCUCCUGGAAGACGAACGGCUAGCCAGUGCCCAGCAGGCAGAGGUGUUCACCAAGCAGAUCCAGCAGCUGCAAGGUGAACUGCAGACUCUACGGGAGGAGAUUUCACUGUUGGAGCAUGAGAAAGAAUCUGAACUUAAGAAAAGAGAACAGGAGUUGCACUUGGCCCAGACUGAGAUUCAGACUCUGCGGCAAGCAGCAGAGGAUGCAACAUCCGAACAUGAGAAUGACAUAGCAUCCCUGCAGGAGGAUUUGUGCCGAAUGCAGACUGAACUCGAUGACAUGGAACGCGUUCGGGGGGAGUAUGAGAUGGAGAUCUCCGCCCUCCGUGCAGAACUGGAGAUGAAGAGCUCUGACCCAUCCAACAAUUUUACUCUCACAGAUAUCACUGAGAUGCAAGAAGAACUGCAGCAGCUGCGGGAACGCUGCCACUUCCUGAACGAGGAGUACCAGGCCUUGCAGGAGAGCAACAGCAGCCUCACAGGGCAGCUUGCGGAUCUGGAGAGUGAGAGAACACGAAGAGCAACAGAAAGGUGGCUGGAAUCCCAUACACUAAGGAAAACGAUGUCUGCAGAGUCUCAGACUUCAGAAAUGGAUUUCCUAGAGCCUAAUCCAGAAACCCAGUUGUUGCGACAGCAGCUGCUGGGAGCUGAGGAGCAGAUGUAUGGCAUGAAGAGCAAGUGUCAGGAAUUGUGUUGUGAGUUGCAAGAGCUACAGCAUCAACGCCGAGUCAGUGAGGAGGAGCAGAGGCGGCUGCAGAGGGAGCUCAAGUGUGCGCAGAAUGAGGUGCUUCGAUUUCAGACCUCCCACAGCGUUGCUCAGAACGAGGAAUUGAAGACCAGGCUCUCCGCCCUUCAGGAAAAGUAUGAUGUUAGCCAGAAUGAACAGAAUGAGCUCCUGAAGGUGAAGCUACAGCUUCAGUCUGAGCUCCGGCAACUCAAAGUCAUGAAACCCACAGUCAUAGAAAGCCGGAAUGAGAAGGAGUUACUGAGCCGGCUCCAGAAGCUGCAGCUCCAGUACGAGAGCAUCGUGUGUGAGAAGGAAAAGCUGAUGGAAGUGCAGCAUGAACUGCAGGAGGACCUGCAGUGCCGUGAGGCCCAGGUGCGACGCCUCCGGGACCUGGAGGCCUGCUUCCAAGAGAGCAAUGAGAAGAAUAAAGAGAUGCACACCCAGCUUCAGGAGAUGAAACAGCUGUACGAAGCCAGCAAGGAUGAACAGGAGUGGCAAAAGCACAUGUACGAUCAGCUCGAGGAGGACUUCCUGCUCUGCCAGCUGGAGCUGAAGCAGCUGAAGGCCAGCCAGCCCCUUCUGGAGAACAGGGAACAAUGUGCUAAUAAGUGUGAUACACUGCUGGCCAGACUGACAGAAUUGCAGGAAAAAUACAAGGCCAGCCAGAAGGAGAUGGGGCAGCUGCAGGUGGAGCAGUGCGAGCUCCUGGAGGAUCAGAGGAGGAUGCAGGAGGAGCAGGGCCAGCUGCAAGAAGAGCUGCACAGGCUCACGUUCCCGCUUCCCAAAUCUGGUCUCUUCCAUAAGAGUCAGGAGCUACUGUCCAAGUUGGAAGACCUAUGUGAACUACAGUUGCUCUACCAAAGCAUGCAGAGUGAACAGAAAAAACUGUUAGAGAAGCAAGAAUUUUUAUUGAAAGAACAAACAGAGCUGCAGGAAGAGCUGCGACUUUUCAAAGAUUCUCAUUUCCGGGAAGUGUUGAAGAAUCCAGAGGAUUCCAAAUCGCGCAAUUCCUCAAAAUGUGGUCAGAGUCAGUCCAAGGAACUCAUCGCCAAGUUGCAGGCCCUGCAGGUGAUGUAUGAUGCCAGUCAGACCGAGCAGGAGCUACUGCAGCAGGAGCAAGGGAGGCUCCUAGAGGAGCGGAAAAGGCUGCAGGUAGACCUGCAGCUCUGCUUGGAAGAAAUGCAGCUGCUCCAAGACCAGUCCCCUGCUAUAAAAAUGAGCCUUGAGUCCUACAAGAAGAGCUACACUAGCACACCUGCCAACAGCGAGACCUGUCACAGGAGUUAUGGAAGCACCAUUGAGGACAACGAGAGCUGUCACAAGUCUUAUGGUAGCACCCUGGGCAGCAAUGAGAGCUUUCUCAAGAGCUAUGGCAGUAGCGUGGGUAGCAGCGAGACUUAUAACAAGAGUUACCGCACCAGCAGUGUCACCUAUAAGAAGAGUUAUGACAGCACCAGUAGCUCUGACACCUAUCACAAGAGUUAUGCCAGCAGCUUUGUUGAUGUUGACCCUGCUGAGCCAGAAGACAUAGAGCACUUUGAGGACAUGGUUGCCAAGGUGUUGAUCAAGCUGCAGGCAGUGCAGGCCAUGUACCAGAUCAGCCAGGAGGAGCAUGACCUGCUGCAACAGCAGAUGAAGUUGUUGCUGGACAAGCAGAAAGAGCUGAAGGAAGAGCUGGAUGCCUGCGAAAAAGAAUUCAAGGAGUGCCUAGAAAGCCUUGGGAAGCCUGUUGCCCCCCAAAACGACAAGAAUGAGAUCAAAGAACUGCAGAGCAGGCUGCGGGAGCUGCAGCUGCAAUACCAGGCUAGCAUGGAUGAGCAGGGGCGGCUCUUGGCAGUACAAGAGCAGCUGGAAGGCCAGCUGCAGUGCUGCCAGGAAGAGCUUCGCCAACUCAAAGAGAAGAAGUCCUCAAUUCCCAGAGAAACCAGGGGAAAGAAUGGCAAUAAGAAUAUGAACAAGAAUGCCAAUGGGGUUAAAAAUAAAAAGUUAACCAUGCCAAGCCCGGACAAGUCUGAGUGCAGCUUUGAGGCGAGAAGUAAGAGUCUAGAGGUGGUGCUGUACUACAAGGCCAGCCAGAAGGAAUUAGACAAGCUAGUGAAAGAGGAGGAAAAGAAAGAAGAAAAGGCAGAGGUGGAGGAAAAGAAAGAGGAAACAAAUGAGGAGCCCUGGGAUGAAGUAGUUCAUGAGCCACCAGAUCGAACAGAAGUUGAAUCAAAUGAAGACCAGGAGGAAGAUUUUGAAGAGUUUCAAGAACAGGAGGGUAAGGAAGAUGAGGGCCAGGACGACGGUUCCCCUGGAACCUCAGAGGAAAACAACCCCCUCAGACUUUCGGAGAGCAGAAAGAACAUGUUUGGGAUGUGGAAGCCGCUGGUGUUCUUGGCUAUUGCAGCCGUGGCUCUGUAUGUGUUACCCAACAUGCGACAGCAGGAGACAGAGUUCUGCCUCCUGGAGUGAUGGCAGACCUGGGCCAGCCAAGGGGGCACAUCCCCAAUUGAGCACGCUCGGCUUUGGGCAGGACACACUGUGCCAGAGCCCCACCCCACCCACAUGUCCCAUGUUUCCCCAUCUCCUCAGCCUCAGACACCAGGCUGGAAAGGCUCAUGGGGGGCUGCUGGUGCCCAUCUCCUGCCUUGUAUAAGAACAUGGGUUCCUUGUAAUUAAAUAUCAACCUAAUUA